UUUCAAUUGCGCAUGUACCUGUUUGAACACAGAAUUCCUGCAUGUAACAUCCAGCAACGGAAGCUGUGGCAGAUGCGGCAUUCAAAGCAAUCUCAUUGUCCCGAAUGGGAGGACAGGAAGAGCUGGGAUCAAAGGAAGCACAGUAGCAGCCAUAAGCGCAGGAAGAGGUCCCACAGCAGUGAACAAGAAAGCAAGCACUAUAAACCAAGUCACAUCUCUGAAAGUCAUUAUUUGGACGAUAGAGCCAUAAAUGAAAGAGACCAUCAUGACCGGAGAUAUGUUGAGGAAUACAGAAAUGACUUCUGUGAAGUGUAUGACCACAGGCAUUAUCACAGAGACUAUGAAAAGAGUCACCAUCAUCACUAUAGCAAAUCCUCCGGUCGGAGCAGGAAAAGUAGUCAUAAAAGGAAGCAUAAGAGACAUCAUUGCUCCAGUCACCAAUCACGUUCGAAGAGUCACCGAAGGAAAAGAACCAGGAGUGUAGAGGAUGAUGAGGAGGGUCACCUGAUCUGUGAAAGUGGAGACGUUCUAAGAGCAAGAUAUGAAAUUGUUGCGACUUUAGGAGAAGGAGCUUUUGGAAAAGUAGUGGAGUGCAUAGAUCAUGAUAUGAGGGGAAUGCAUGUAGCAGUUAAAAUUGUGAAAAAUGUUGGUAGAUACCGGGAAGCAGCCCGUUCAGAAAUACAAGUGUUGGAACACUUAAACACCAUGGAUCCAAGCAACACAUUCCGCUGUGUCCAGAUGCUGGAAUGGUUUGAUCAUCAUGGCCAUGUUUGCAUUGUUUUUGAGCUCCUGGGCCUCAGUACUUACGACUUUAUUAAGGAAAACAGCUUUCUGCCAUUUCAUAUUAAUGACAUUAGAAAUAUGGCUUACCAGAUUUGCCGGUCUAUAAACUUUUUACACCAUAAUAAACUAACUCAUACAGAUUUAAAACCUGAAAAUAUCUUGUUUGUGGAGUCUGAUUACAUAGUGAAGUACAAUGCCAAAAUGAAGCGAGAUGAACGCACUUUGAAAAACACAGAUAUCAAAGUUGUUGAUUUUGGAAGUGCAACUUUUGAUGAUGAGCAUCACAGCACAUUAGUGUCUACAAGACAUUAUAGAGCUCCUGAGGUUAUUUUAGCUCUGGGAUGGGCGCAGCCUUGUGAUGUUUGGAGUAUUGGUUGUAUUCUGAUUGAGUAUUACCUGGGUUUUACAGUGUUUCAGACUCAUGAUAGUAAAGAGCACUUGGCAAUGAUGGAAAGAAUACUAGGGCCUCUGCCAACCCACAUGAUCAAGAAAUCCAGAAAGCAUUAUUUUCGCCACGACCAAUUGGACUGGGAUGAACACAGUUCUGCAGGACGAUAUGUUAGGAGACGCUGUAAGCCUUUAAAGGAAUUCAUGCAUUGCCAAGACACAGAUCAUCAAAGUUUGUUUGACCUUGUUCGCAGGAUGCUGGAAUAUGAUCCGGCCAAAAGAAUUACUCUCGAUGAAGCCUUGCAGCAUCCUUUUUUUGAACCGUUAAAUAAAUAAAUUCGAAGAUCUCUUAUGCUUCUUCAAGGAGAUUUCCUAGACUGUGUCAGUCAAUAGAGGUUGCAUGAAACUUUUGUAAACUUUAAAUUAUUUUGUACAGUUAAGUCUGUAAAUAUUUCCAUACAUUUUGUAUAACUGUUAUGUUUACCUUGUUGAACAGUUGUAGUCUUAUGGGUAUCAAAGUGAAAAAAUAAAAGUAAUUUUCAUUUUUGAAA